UCCGUUUAAAAGGACAGCCUAUUGCACUUGGCAGGGCUGAAAAAAGCACGGCACUAUGACCCAGGCGCUCCCCGAUCGCACUCACUGUGUAGAGGAAAAAGGCAUUGGAGGCAAAGCUGAUAGUUUUCCACAGAAGAGACAACGGUUAACGUACUACUAGCUCAUCUGCCCAACUUUAGCAGUAGUGAAAUGCAAUAUACCUACUUGGUAGUUUGAGAAGAAAAAAAAGAACUAAAACUAAUAACUGCGGAGGAGCGAUAAAGGCUAUCAUUUUUCCAGCCUUUGACCAUUUGAUCUAAAAUCUAAAAAAAAAAAAAUGCAUUAUCUUAAUAAGAAUGGAACAUAAAUAACUAUAGGGGAAAUCAUACAAAAUGACGGAAUAUCAUGUUUAAGAUGCAUCUGAGUUUCGGUUAACCAGCUAUUCAAAUUAAGCUGAAAUUGCGGGGGGAAACAAAUUUCGGACUUUUUUUGAACCAUAUAUACAGAUUUUAACGAUGUUGUCGCCUCGAGUGCAGUCGGCACGCAGAUUAACAUGAAAACGAUGGAGCGCUCCAGUCAGCUGAACCCAACGUCCUCCGUUUACGGUUUAAUGUUGAAUAACUGCUCUGUCAACGAAACCGAUGAGAAUUGCACCGCCACCAAAAGAGAAGAAGAUGGCGUGAAUUUGAUUUUCCAGUCAAGUAUAACCGUCAUUCUGUCCAUCAUAACUAUAGCCACGAUAUUAUCCAAUGCUUUCGUUAUAGCGACUAUUUCUCAGUCUAGGAAACUUCACACUCCUGCCAAUUUCCUCAUUGCUUCAUUGGCAGUUACGGACCUAUUAGUCUCGGUGCUUGUGAUGCCGAUAUGCGUGAUAUACACGGUAAGUCACACUUGGACUUUGGGUCAGAUCUUAUGUGACAUUUGGUUGUCUUCGGACAUUACAUGCUGCACAGCGUCCAUUCUCCAUCUGUGCGUAAUUGCGCUGGAUCGCUACUGGGCGGUAACGGACGCAGUGGGAUACGCGAAGAAGCGCACGCCAGCCCGGGCUGCUGGCAUGAUCGCCACCGCUUGGGUUAUUGCAAUCUCAAUAUCACUGCCUCCAUUAUUUUGGCGUCAGGAAAAAGUGGAAGAAGUUACGAGCUGCAGCGUAAAUACGGAUCACAUUUUCUACACGAUCUAUUCUACUUUCGGGGCGUUUUAUAUCCCGACUUUUCUGCUGAUUGCACUUUACGGGAAGAUCUACAUCGAAGCGCGCAGGAGGAUUUUCAAAAAUUGCCCGUCGAAAGCUGGAAAAAGGUUGACUUCAGCUCACUUGAUCACAAACUCCCCGGGAUCGGAGUCCUCCACGUCGCCCCUGAACUACAGGACCCAGGAAACGAGCGCAGCCGAAACCUGCUCGCCAGCUCACGUCUGGCAGGUCAAAGUCACAGUGUCCGAUAGUCUCUUGGACAAAAAGAGAAUAUCCGCCGCACGAGAGAAGAAAGCCACAAAAACUCUGGGAAUAAUCCUCGGCGCCUAUAUAAUAUGUUGGUUACCCUUCUUCAUUUACACCCUUCUUGUGCCUUUAUGCAGUACAUGCACUUUCUACCCAGAAUUAUUCGAUUUCUUCACCUGGCUGGGCUACUUAAACUCCUUGAUCAAUCCGAUCAUUUAUACUAUGUCAAAUGAAGAUUUUAAAAAGGCUUUUCACAAACUCAUACGCUUUAAAUGCUGCAGGCACUGAAAGAGAUAUCAAGUGCAAAACAUUUUACGUUAUGGUUAUAAAAAUGGAUGCUCACGAAUGAGAUUCUGCGCUACCUGGUUCUGCUCUUGCGUUCGGUGUGCAAUGUGAAUGCCGCUUUGCGCAUCUGCUGUAAAUAGGCAAAAUCCACCGGUAAAUUUUCUGAACAUUAAUAUUGCUGCUCCUAAGAUCACUAACUGAAAACAGUCCAACAUUCGUUGGAGAGAGAGAGAGUGACACUGCAUGGACGAACGCAAUAUUAACUCCAAUAAAAACAACUGAUGGGCAUUUCAGUAAAACUCAACUGGUCCGAAGGACAUCAGUUCAACACAAGUUUCGCGUCCUAAGUCCAGAUGAUAUCUUACUGACAGGACACUGUCUAUAAUGGGAGAAAAAAGGACCUGGAAAAAUCGUUUGACUGCGCAAUAGAGCAACCAAUUAUCGACAUAUAACUGUAUUUUUCUAUGGCAUUUUGAAAGAAUGAACGUCUACAACUGCUUAACCCACCGACAAAUAUAUACUGCAUGAAAGUGAUUUUGGAAACCCAUUAUUAUGAUUAUUAUUAUUGUUAUUAUUAUUAUUAUUUGCCCUAUAAUAAGUUAUGAAUUAUUGUUAAAUUAUAAUUUGCAGAUGUCGCUCAGUAUAUCGUGUCCCCACAGUUAUUGAUAGCCUAUGUAUUGCAGAUGUGUGGUUUGUUAUUGCAUUAAACAGCACACGGCUACCUCAGAUCACCGGCAAUUUUACUGCAGAGUUGGGUUUAGAACUUGACAUGCCUUUUAAAGUUCUGGUUUUCCUGUGGAAAAGACACCGCUCCCUAAAAAUAUCUGACCUUUUGCGCCGUUGUCCGCACAGAAGUGCUGGUCAAUUUUUUGCUGCUAAACACGUGUGUGUUCGCUUGAUUCGAGAUAUUACAUUUGUCGUGGUAUCGGUUUCUUCAUGAAAAUGCUUGUUUUUUCAUUUAAUCUAGUUCUAAGAACUGCACAAGAACUCCUUUGCGUGUGUAAAUUAAUUCCCAUGAAAUUAAAGGAUAUUAGAUAAAUAAUAAUUACAGUUCUUAAUGACGAAGAGCUUAAAUUAACAUUUGUAUUCAUGUCUUCAUAUAUCCAUUUAUCGCAUAGGCUAUGCUGUGUGCGACCUGGUUUGUGGUGCAUUCUUCGUUCUUGGCAUGAAAAUGCAUGUCCAUGCACAGCACUGAUGAACAGUCCAGUCGGGAACAUACAAGUUUAUCGGACUGACAAACUCAGUCAUAAUCAUGCAAUAAGUUAAAGUGAAAACAUAUUUUGCUGAGGACAUCGAAUGGAUUAUAUUCGCUAAUGUAACAGUGGACAUUAAUAGACACACACAAGGACACAAUGGUAAAAUGUCAGUGUAUUUUCUGGAAGAUAUUCCGGGGAAAAUAUUUAUUUAAAAAAGAAAAUUUCCUCAAAAUUUAUGCUCUGCUCGAAGGAGCCAGCAACCAUAUUAGUUGAUUUAGUUUAUUUCAUUUGCAAUACAUGGUGAAAGACAGAGGAAUUGAUAUCGAUUAGGUUAGCGGUGGGUGGAUGGCCGUAUAUUGCGUUAUAUAGCAGCGCUGGAUCCAAGCAAAUGGCUUGUGGACAGAUUAUAAAUGAAUGCUUUUCUGGGACAAUAAAUGUCCAGCUUGCCCGGCGUCUUAACUGACUCAGCAACGGCAAACCAUAUACUUGAUAAUCUAUCAUAAUGAAGUACAUGUACUAUUGCGGCCGCAAAUGGAACAAACUUGGCGUAGCCAUGGUAACGGCGGUGCGUCUAUACUGAUUUAUUUUUUUAAAUUUAUUUUCAAAUGCAGGUAUGUUAGAACUGACGUACUUACAAAAAGUACAUUACAGCACAAAUCAGCGUGGGUAUUUUUCUUUUUUCUUUCAUAUUUCAGCUGUUACUAUGUGAAGCCAGUGAUCUUAUAUCUUAUUGGUUUUAAUUAAAAUUCUAAGAAGACCCAAUGUGGUUAGGCUGUUGAUAAAAUCUGACAGUUCACCAAGUGGUGUUUAUGAAAAAUGUUGGUUUGAAUAAAUGUAAGUCUAUACUGAGACCAAAAUCAAUAAAAAUGGUUUUGUCCCCA